GGAUUUGCACCACUGUGAAUAGAACUUUACAAUGUCUCCAAAGAGUUUUUGAUGUAUUAUGUCAAUUUAGUAAAAUAUAUUUUAUAAGUGAUAGUUCUUAAUACGAAUGACUAUGCAUUCACACGUACUCCCAAAUAAGAGUGAAGAUGAGAUGACGGUAGAAGAAAAAUGGAGGGUACAACAUAUAAAAAUGCACGAACAACAUCUGGGACAUGAGUCAAUGCAUGCAGAAAUGUUGCUUAUUUUGUUAGGAACUUUGUUAGUAGCACAGAUUAUAUUAGUUGAAUGGAAGAAAAUACAUUAUAAGUCAUAUCAGCUCGUUACUUUAAUUGCUAUGUGGAUUAUUCCAUUUGGAUUAAGUUUAAGAAAUCAUUGGUGGAGGUUUAUAUUUCUGUGGUUAGUAACAUCUUGCAUAACAGGAUUAAUAGUAAGAAAGGCUGUUCAAAAACCUAUAGCAGGUACAACACCAAGAUUGGUGUACAAAUGGUUUCUCUUUAUUUAUAAAUUAAGUUAUAUGUUAGGUAUAAUAAGUUACAUCAUAAUGUUAGCCACAUUUUUUGGUUUACAUUUGGUGUUUGAAACUAAGCCACAAGUAUGGAUGGAUUGUGGUUUACUUUUGUUAUUUUAUGGGCUUUAUUUUGGUGUAUUGGGAAGAGAUGUUGCAGAAAUAUGUGCAGAUAAAAUGGCUUCACACAUCGGAUAUUAUGUGCCAGGCCAUAUGCCAACAAGAACUUUAGAACCUGGUGUGUGUGCAGUAUGUGGAAAUAGACUUUUAGUGUCAGAAAAUGAACCUGGUGUUAUUGAAAACACAUACAAACUUAGUUGUGAACACGUGUUUCAUGAAUUUUGCAUCAGAGGAUGGUGCAUCAUAGGAAAGAAACAAACGUGUCCCUAUUGUAAAGAAAAGGUUGAUCUCAAGAAAAUGUUCUACAAUCCAUGGGAACGACCUCAUGUUUUGUACGGUCAGUUAUUAGACUGGAUCAGAUGGUUAGUUGCUUGGCAACCGUUAAUUUUGCUUCUCGUUCAAGGUAUCAAUUGGGGCCUAGGCCUCGAACUGCCGGACGAUAGUGACAACGGAAAUGCGAAUACAACGAGACUAGGGGUCGAUAUACAUUAAAAAACACUGUAAAUCCUUCAUCGAUGCAUCGUUAAUAAUUACGUGUUGUAAUUAUUCUUCUUCACCAAGAAAACCAACGGAAUGAAAAAAGAAUUGUUAUAAUCCGGCUUCAUUGAUGCAAAGAUCGGACAAGGUGUAAAAAAACGGAGGACACGCUUUUAGAGUCGAAGUUUUGCGGGCUUGAAAGAGAGAGAAAUAAACAGUGAGAACUCUGUCAGUGAUGUUACUAAAAGUUUUUAAUUAAUCUCUCAUCGUUACUCGUUUAUAGCAAAAAACAACGUUUUUUAUCACAUCACGCAUUCGUAGGUACUAUUAUUUCGGACUUGUAGCGAGAGCACCGGAUACUUUUGAAGAUUGCAGGAGAAAAACCUGAUAAAUACUGUGAAAGCUCAUGUACAUAGUUGAGAAUGAAAUCAAUUUGCUGGGACCAAUUGAUUGACAAAAUUUUGUAAAAAAAAAACUAUCAACUAUUAACACUAGAAUCACCGAUGACGAAAGCAUAGUGAAACAUUUAUCUGAGAAAUAAUGAAAUCUCGAGGAAUAGAAAAAACGUUUCUAGUAUGAAUGAAGAACACAAGGCUUUUAUUUACACAUAUUUUGUGAAAUAUUACUUUCUAAAAAUACACCAUUUGUAAAUUUAUAAAAUCAUUAUGUAGAGUUACUAUGUAUAAAAUUAACAUGACUUGGUCAUCUUGACUACUCUGGUAGUUCUAGUGUUAAGCUAGGUAGUUAGAUAAGCAAUAUUUAUAUAUAUAUAUAUUACGGAGAGUGUUACGAUUUUUGAUUGAAAUUCUUGCCUUUUGUGCGAAAGAAUGGAGAACGUGACUUAUCGUGUUCUUCCUCUGCAAUCUUUGCCUACAAUGUAUAACGUAUAUGUAUAUAUAUAUAUAUAUAUAUAUGUAUAUAUAUAUAUAUAUGUAUAUGUAUAGAAAUAUUUAUUUAUACACUUAAAUCUAAAAACCUCUUGCUAUUGUCAUGAGGAAGAAACUGUACGACAAGGUGAGAGAGACAAGAGGUGUGUGAUGAAGAACAUUUACAAUUAUUAAAAAUAAAAAGAACCGAUCUUAUUUACUCGAACAAAAUAGACACGACAGAGGUUUGGUGAGAGAGAAAGAGUUUUGUUUUUUUCUUUUUCUUUUGAUUGGGUUCAGACGCCACGAAUACGAUGGGAAUACAUCGGGAUGGGUCAAAGGGUAGACAAUCACAAACACGGGGAAAUUUUAUAGAUAUAUUUAUUGAGUACUUAGCGUGUAAGAGUAUAGAAUAUAUGUUACCCUUAUCAAUUAAAUAUCAUUACAUGGUAAUCAUUAUAAUAAUGAUGUAGUCUUUAAAAUAAACCUCGCGCGGACAGGUUUGCGCGCGUGUUUUUGCUUGUUCUUUUUCUGUGUGUUUCUUUUUCAUCUCUUUUGUUUGCUCUUUCUUUCUUUCAUUUUCUUCGUCUUCAUUUUGUUUGUGUGUGUAUGUGUGUGUGUGUGUGUGUGUGUGUGUGUGUUUUCUUUUUGUCGAAGAGUUAUUUACAUAAUGAUCGCAAUUAAUUAAUAUAUAUGUACAAUCGUUGACGAAAGGACAAGAACGGAAAAACAGUGCACAGAGAGAAAAAACGGACGAACUGCAAAAAUUGGCGUCCCCAUAGAACCUUCCUCCGAGUUAUACACACUUUCUUUUAUCAAUCCAUGUUCCGCGAAUCUACUUGAGGAAGGAAUCAUUGUUCGAAAUUUUUUUCUCUUUUUUCCUUUUUUCUUUUUUCUUGCUUUCACGUCGCUUUCUAUCAACCGUACUCUGUACGAAAGUAUAAAGGGCGCUAUUAUCGAGGUGACUGAAUGAUGGCGUGGCUCAUUUUCUCUGUAUGAAACUAUCGCUAUAUGUAUAUUGAUAAUUUGCGGACAACUCAAAAA